AUGAAAAAGAAGACACACCAACAACAACAUCACGGCACGAACAGUGGUGGUAGUAAUGGUUCAGCAGUGCAUCAUCAUCAUAGAAAACCACCGACUCAUCCCCACAGCAACAAUACCGUUAACAGCACCAACAACAACAACAACACUCAUCGCAAUGGCACCAACAACACGCAGCAUCAUGGAAGAACCAAACCGCACAGCCAUAACAACGCCCAAAAAGCGUUUUCAAAACAGCAACCAAACACCUCAACAACAGUAGCACCAUCCAUCGUUGCUAGUGUUGCUUCAACUACUACUGCAACAACAACAACAAUGAAUGGUUCCACUCCCUCGAACAUAACGUCAGGCUCUUCAUCAUCCAAUGUCCUUAUAGGGGACAAACCGCUCGAACCCUAUCUCAACGACUUGUUCUCAGCUCUAGUGAAUGGUACCAAAGCUUCUAACAACUUGCCUUCCAAUCAAGACUUUGAAUUCUUGUCGAGCCAUUUUCCUGAAUUCAGAGGAGCCAUGGAUGAGAGUGCCUCUUCGCUACGUACCACGUUGUCCUCUUUUUUUGGGUCGGGUCAAAGGAUGAUCAAUUCAGCCAUGCUCGAGGAGGAUCCAGAAAUCAUGUUCGAGUCGACUGUUGAUUUAUUGGAUCAAUAUUUUGAAAAUGUAGAUAUUGCUCUUGAUGAGAUGGAGUUGAAUGCAACAGAAAGUGUUGGAGUGAAUCCUUCACUUGCGAAUGGAUCGUUGAAUUCACACUCGUCCUCCACUCUUCAAGAUCCACACACUUCCCUCAAAUCCAUGAGUCGGCCACAAUUGAAAUGGAACGAUAUUGAUAACUCGAAUCAACCAUUUGUUCCCAAAUUGAAGACAAAACCCAAUGCUUUUGUUGCAACACUAGAGCAAUCUCUAAGCAUUGGAUCUUUGGAUGAACAAGAUGAAAAGACACGUUCUUUCCAAACAUUUGAACAAUCGACCUUGCCUCCCUUCCCAUUUCGUCUUGGAGUCGGAAAUGGUGUUGGUGGAGAGCCAGUUCGUGAAAGUCGUCCACAUCCCUAUCUUCCUGAAUUGCUGAGUCUCGAGUUUAUGCCCUCUCAAUACAAACCACCUGAAGGUAUUGCUCCAUUUUCAAAAUUAGAUGAUUCAUCUUGUACUUGGAUCAGUACUGUAGAUGAUCUCCAUCGAUUGGCCAGCUUAUUAGAGGCCCAAGAUGCAUUUGCCAUUGAUUUGGAACAACAUAGUUAUCGCUCCUUCCAAGGAUUUGUUUGUCUCAUGCAAAUUUCAACGAGAAAUGAAGACUUUCUCAUUGAUACCAUUGAAUUGAGACAACAUAUGCACAUUUUGAAUUCAUCCUUUACUCAUCCAAAGAUUGUAAAAGUGAUGCACGGUUCAGAUUGUGACAUUGUGUGGUUACAACGUGAUUUUGGUAUUUACGUUGUCAACUUAUUCGACACUGGUCAAGCAUGCAGAGUGUUAACACAUCCAGGUUGUUCUUUGGCCUAUCUUCUCAAACAUUAUUGUGGCAUUGAGGCAGAUAAGAAGUAUCAAUUGGCAGAUUGGAGAGUGAGACCUUUACCGAGCGAAAUGGUGAAAUAUGCACGUGAGGAUACUCAUUAUUUGCUUUACAUUUACGAUCGAUUGAGACAUGACAUGUUUUUUAAACCAAAUUUAUCUUCGAGCGUCUCUGGUGUUGAAAGAAUGGAAGAGGUGUUAGUGAGAUCGAGAGAAUUGUGUAUGAGAAGAUAUGAAAAGGAACUUUUCACUGAAACCUCCUAUCUUGGACUCAUCAACAAAUUCACACGAAGCAUUAGGAACAUUAACGAAAAGGUCAUUCGCGUGCUCUACAAGUGGAGAGAUACUGUUGCAAGAAAGGAUGACGAAAGCGUUCGUUAUGUGCUGCCCGAUCACAUGAUACUCUCCAUUGCCGAACAGACACCAACGGAGGUGAGCAAAUUGUUGACUUGUUGUAAUCCUGUUCCAAAGCUAGUACGUCGUGACGCUAAGGUAAUUGUCAAUCUCAUUAGUAAGGCGUUGAACGAUGGUGACUCGACGGUAGAGCCAACUUUCUCAACUCCCAGUAAGAUUCCUGAAGAUCACUACAUUAAUCAACAUGCAAAGCCAUCCUUUGAAUUGGAAUCGCCCAUUUUUAAUCCUCAUUACAAGACUCCUUCUCGAAUGAGCCCUGUCAUGAACAGUGAUGAGUUAUAUAAUAUUGCUGGAUGGGUUGAAUCUAAAAACUUUUAUCCAUCGUCAUCGAUAUCCAAACUUUCAUUUUCUGAAGAGGACCAUGAAGCUUUGGAUUCAUUACCUUUUGAACCUCCACAAUUGACACAGCAACAUCGAUCCGUGAAUGUGACACCCAGUAAGAGUUCACUCUUCUUCCCAUCAUCGAUGAGUUUCCCAACAUCCACCAUGGCAUCUCACAAUCAAGAAAAGAUCUCCAAAAUCAUGUCAUCAUUCUCACUAGGUCAACAACCUUCUUCAUUCAAGAAUGAUACAUCCAUGAUGAGUCUUGUGGAUGAUGACGACGACAUGCAGUUUUUGUCCAAAGGUCAGCCACAAGAUCAAAUGGACACCACUUCGAGCUUCCUUCUCAAUCAAGCGGAUCAAGCAAGCACACCCAAUCAUUCCUCUAAGAAGCCACCAGCAUCUGUACGUAUCACUCCUGAAGAGGAGAGAGUCCCAUCGAGUCUUAAUGAAAUUUACAUGCUCUCUCAAAAGAAUCGAAAGAAGAACAAGCAAUGUAAAAAGAAGAAACUCAAACAGGACUCUGUUUCAGAUCCUUCUCCUGCAUUUAUUGGAAGUGAAGGAGGAGGUGAUGGCACGGAUGAUGCUCCACACCAGCCAUCUUCAGUGAAUACAACAACAACCACUGGUAUGGACUUGACUCAAAAACCAGUGGAUUUUAUGAAGAAGAUUGGAUGGUUGGGAGCUGAGGAGGAAUUGUCAGCUUCUGAAGAAGAAAAGGAAGAAGAACAAGAAGUGAAUGCAUCUGUACAAGUGAAGGUUCCUAGUUUUAGCAAGCCAAACAUGAAUGUGAGAAAGAAACCCUCGAAAAACUAUAUAUUCUCUAAGCAAAACAAGUAUUAA